CUCUCACAUCCUUACACGUAUCACCCGUUCUCGCGCUGCAAACCAAAAAGAAACCCCUGAUACUCAUCUCUCCAACUCUCUGCACAUAAAAAAAUCAUCAAAAAAUUACAUUGCAAAACCCUAGGGGAGACAAAGGAAGUAAAGCGAUAGCGCGAGAUUUGGGGACGGUCGGCACCGACUGACCUUCAUUUCUCGAGGAAUUGUGUUCACUUUAAUGGCGACGUCGAAGCUCAUGGCUUCUUCGACCUCGCGAAAUUCGGAUCUCAAGCGCAAGCUCUCGUUGCCUUGUGGGACAGCCGAUUUUCUCCGAAUCAACACCGGCGCUGCCGCUCGCGACGGUUUGGAGCCCGAACCCAUAAAGGAAGACCGGUUGGGGCGGAGGAAUUUCAUAGAACUGAACUCGGUUCCGGAUGAGGAUCAGGAUCAGGACCAUCCGCUUGCCAGCGGGGCCGAGCUAAGCUCGAGCGCGCAGCUGAAGGCGGAGAUCGCGCUUCUGGAUGAGGCCGGAGCUGUUACGCCCAUUGGGGACGGAGGAUUCGAGCCCCCGAGGGUGGUUAGGAAAACGGUGGACGACGUGUGGAGGGAGAUCGUGGCUGGGAAGAAGAAGGAGAAGCAGCCGAAGGAGGAGAUGAUGACUCUGGAAGAUUUUCUGGCGAAGACUGGCGCGGAGGAGGAGGAGAAGGUGGCGGUGGCAGCACCUGAGACGAGUGGCGUUUUGGGGGUGAAGGAGGAGCAGUUGAGCCGGGGGGUUUAUGCAUACGAAACGAAGUCUUGUGUUGCCGGGGUGGAUACGGGGAUGGGUUUGGGUGUGGAAGUUGGGAGUUUGGGCAGAGGGAAAGGGAAGAGGAGUAUGAGCUUGUUGGAGCCUCUGGAUAAGGCGGCUCAGCAGAGGCAGAGAAGAAUGAUCAAGAACAGAGAGUCUGCCGCGAGGUCCAGAGAGCGUAAGCAGGCGUAUCAAGUGGAAUUGGAGUCCAUGGUGGCAAGACUAGAAGAAGAAAGGGAGCAAUAUCUGAGAGAGAAGGCAGAGCAGACAAAGAAAAGGCUAAAGCAGAUAAUGGAGAAUGUGAUUCCUGUAGUUGAGAAGCGAAAACCACCCCGUCUGCGAAGGAACCGAUCCAUGCAAUGGUGAAUCUUUUGGGAGCCUCAGGAUUUAUGUAUAACAUAGUUGCCUCUAAUAUUCAGUCUUUUGUGACAUAGGACUAGGUAAAGAAAGUGAAAAUUGCCAAANGAAAAAAAAAAAAAGAA